AAAAACCUCAACCUCAUUAUCCAAAAGAAAAGCUUAAAAAACCUUGGACCGCAAAAAGUUCGAAGCACUAUGGAGGCAAUGUCGACGGAGCCAUCGGAUUACAAGCCCUACACCCUGUUCGAAACCCUAACCGGCCACAACAGCGCCAUCUCCGGCGUCAAAUUCUCCUCGGACGGCCGCCUCCUGGGCUCCUCCUCGGCCGACAAAACCAUCCGCACCUACUCCCUCUCCUCCUCCUCCUCCGACUCCCCCGGUCCGACCAUCACCCCCGCCCAGACCUUCGAGGGCCACGACCAGGGCGUCUCGGACCUCGCCUUCUCCGCCGACUCCCGGUUCAUGGUCUCGGCCUCCGACGACAAAACCCUCCGCCUCUGGGACGUGGAAACCGGCGACCUCAUCAAAACCCUCAGCGGCCACACCAACUACGUCUUCUGCGCCAACUUCAAUCCCCAGUCCAACAUGAUCGUCUCCGGCUCGUUCGACGAAACGGUGCGUAUUUGGGAUGUCAAGACCGGAAAGUGCCUCAAGGUGUUGCCGGCUCACUCCGAUCCCGUCACGGCCGUUGAUUUCAAUCGGGACGGCUCGAUUAUCGUUUCGAGUAGCUACGACGGGCUGUGUAGGACCUGGGAUGCUUCCACCGGGCAUUGCACCAAGACUUUGAUUGACGAUGAGAAUCCCCCGGUUUCGUUUGUCAAGUUCUCCCCUAAUGGCAAGUUCAUUCUUGUUGGCACUUUGGAUAAUACUCUGAGGCUUUGGAACUUUCAAACCGGCAAAUGUCUAAAGACUUACACAGGCCACAAGAGUUCAAAAUUCUGCAUUUCUUCCACCUUUUCUGUGACAAAUGGGAAAUACAUUGUAAGCGGUUCUGAAGAUCAUUGUUUAUACUUGUGGGAAUUGCAAAGCAGGAAAAUAGUUCAGAAAUUGGAAGGUCACACUGAUACUGUUAUAUCAGUUUCAUGUCACCCUGAAAAGAACAUAAUUGCAUCUGGUGCACUUGGGAAUGAUAAGACCGUGAAGAUCUGGACUCAAGAGAACUGAUUCAUUUUCAGUGUGCUAUAAAUGAUUGCAAGUUGCAGGGCAUCCUUGGCAUGAAGAUUAGACUUGAGGAGAAAGACAAAUUGUUGUAUAACACAGAACGGUGUGUUCUAUGCAAAGGCCGUUGCUACAUGUUUCUUACCUUCUAACUUCGUUGAAUAACUACGUCAGUGUAUUUUAGAACAAGGCUUCUUAAAUAUCAGUUUAAACUUUGAUCCACCUAAUUAUUAAGCCAUUUUUUGAACUUCUUUUGUGUUUUUGCAUAUGAAUACGUGUGGUGCUCUGUGGUGGACUAGGAGCUAUGAAGCUUAAAUGUUCCAUAACCCAUAACCGCCUUGAUGUAUGGUAAAAUAGAAUCUGAAAGAUCCUCAAGGUGUAGACAGACUGGUCUGGUGGCUCGCUCAAGUAGAAAGACGUGUGGUGUGAAACUCAUGCUUAGUCCUGGCUUUUGAAUUGUUCUCUCCUACAGUUCCCCCAUCAUCCUCAAUGGUCUGAAGGUCUGACUUAUAUGCUCUUUAGGAUUUGAUGUUAACAAGAUGAUGUGCAUUUGUACGCAUAGAUCAGUGUACUGAAGAAAAUCAGGUUCUUAGCCUAUGCAUUGGCCUCUUUAUGCUGUUUUUGAAUGUAGCUAACAUUCUCCUUGA